GCCCUCAGCUCGGCGCUGCCGCCUUGCGCUCUACCCACGGGGCGGCGGCGGCGGCGGCGGCGCAGGGGCUUGGCCCCGCUCCAUGGAGACCAAUGGCAUCGCUCCCGCCCACCCCCGCGGGCCCGCAGCCCGGCGGCGCGCACGGCCGCACGCCUCAGCCCACCAUGGCCCCGCCGCAGCCGCAGCCGCUCGGGCCGCCGGCGAGUGGAAAGGUAGAAGGCCAGCCCAAUGGUGACACAGUCCCAGCUGAGCAAGCCAACCCUUCAGAUGACACUGUUGCUGGUGCUGGGAGUCGUCAGAAUGAUCAGAUAGUGCAGAAAAUAGAGGAAGUGCUCUCUGGAGCCCUUGAUACAGAACUGCAGUGCAAAUCAGAUGUAGACAAAAAUACUGUGAACAGUAGUACUCAGUCUACAAAAAGAAGCUCUACUGCUGAAGGUGAAGAUGAAAUUCCUAGGAAAAAAUCAAAAAAGAACAAAAAACACAAAAGCAAGAAGAAGAAGAAAAAGAAGAAGAAAAGGAAGAAAGAGAAAAAGCAUAAAAAGCAGCCAAAGGAGUCAAAGUUGAGUGCACGUCAUGGAGAGCAUGCAGACGUACAGCCUGCUGCUCACUCAAUGCCAGAGAAAUCAAGCUCCACAUUGGCUGUACAGCACGGAGGACUUGGAGAUGCAACUCUGGCUGUCCAGAUGCAGCCAGAAGAACUGUGCUUAAAAGCAAGUGAGGGGCUUGAUAGACAAGCUUUAGGACUUGUUUCCCAUUUGAGAACUGAUUCUCAGCCAUCUACAGAAAAUCUUGGAAGUGAGAAGGGGACUUUGUGUGCAACAGAUCCUCGGUUUAAUUUAGAAGGCAGCCAACAAAAUGCUAGUAUGACUCAAGCUCAAAUUUGCACUAGAGAAGAACAAAUUAAACAGUCUUAUGGAAAUGUUUAUCCUGUAGCUGUUAAUGUGAAUGAAAAGGGUGACUUUUUCGUUACUGGAAGCAAUGCUUCGUCUAGCAUCCCAUCUGGAGUUGCCAACAAAUAUGAACUUCAGAAAGCAGUUCUACCUUCAGAGAUGACAGAAGCACUAAAAGGUACAGAGAGUGCUUUGAGACCUCAAGGCCCUGGGGAAGUGAAAGCUUUGGAAUCUGAGGCCAUGGAGGUGCUGGAAUAUUCGGAAGCAUCUCUAAAAUCUAUGGCACAGGGAGGAGUGAAAGAGCUGGAAACGACUUCAGGAUCUGUGUCUUUGACAAGUGAUGUGACAACAAUUCCUAAAUCUGCGGAUCUCGAUACUGUGAAGGCAGCUCACAUGUCUGUGGACAUGGAAGAAGUGAAAGUAACAGGAGCAACUGCAUUAGGGGGUGUAAGUAGAACUCUGGAACCAGCCCUGAAUCCCCCAGUUUUAUCUGAUAACUUGAGAGUGGCACAGUGCAGCUCCAUGGAAAGUUCAAGUGUCUUGGCAGCAGCCGUGGAACCUGUAGGUAUGAUGGCAGAUAUGAAAAGUAAAACAGACCCAGAUGCAGCUUUGCAACAUUCUCUUAAGACCCAGAUGGAAAUGAAAAGUGCCAAAAUACUCCUAGCAGCAGGUGAAGGAACUCCUGAUUCCGCAACAGCGUUCCUACAAGCUAAAGUCUUCACAGAAACGAGAGGCUUGACAGAUGCGCAUGUGGUUGCAGAGACAAAAGGCUUGCAAGCAACUUCAGAACCCGUAGCCGCUGUGCAGACUCUCAUUCCCCGAACAGUUCCAGAAAUCCAGAUGGUGGAGGGUUUUCAAGGUCCACGAGCAACCAUGGAAGUUGUGACAGGGACAAGAACAAAAGAUACAGAAACAGGUCAAGCUACUCUGCAACUGGAAAAUACGUAUGCUUCAAAAACUUCUGAGAGUGAAUCAAACAUGAGAGGUUUGGAAGCAACACCCCUGUCUUUGCAGAAAGAAGAAAUGAAAGGUCCAGCAGGAGUCUUAAGACCAAUGACUGUGGUAGAAUCAAAAACUUUAGGAGCAACUUCACCGUCUUUACAAAUAGGAGUUACAAAAGCUUCAGAAGAUUUAGGAGAUCCAGAGUCUGCGGGCAGAGCUAAGAUGAAAACUUUGGAAGCAGUCUUGCAGCCUGGGGCCCUUGUAGGGGCAAUGGGCUUAGGAGGAAGUGUGUAUUCUGAAGCCAAAACUGGCAGCACAGUCUUAGAAGCAAAUUCAGGACGUCUGGCUGUAGAAGGAAGGUCAGAGAGGACUUCCGAAUCAGUGAUUGCACAUGUAAGAAAGGAACCAGUUACAGAAAUGAUGCAUGUGGCUGUAGGGGAGAUGAAGAAUUUGGAAGUAGCUACAAGUUCUGCCAUUACACAAGUGAGAGGUUUAGACAGCUUGACACAAGUUGAGGCAGUUGCAGAGGUAAAAGGUGCAGAAGCAAGUUCCAAAACUUCAGGCUUAAUACAGAUGAAAAAUCUGGAAAUGGCUGUGGGAUCUGAAACAAGGACAUUAAUGCAAGACCGGGGAACAAAUUUGAUACCUGAGGUAGAAGAUAUGAACAAAGCAAAAAUGAGCAAAGAAGUAGUACUAGAACCUGUGCAAAGAGUAGCGAUGAGUACUUCGGAAACAAAUUUGAAACCUGUACACAUGCAAGAAUUGGGAGCAACUGUAGAAUAUGGGACUGGACAUAAGCCAAGCGAAAUUGAAACAGCAGUAGAAUACAAGGCUAUCAAAGCAGCAGAGUAUUCCAAAACUACUCCAGGACCUUUGCAGGAGCAGAGAGGUGAUUCAGAAGCAGUAUUAGAGCCUUUGCCAAGAGCAGAAAUAAGUAUGGCAUCAGAAGCAGUGACAGAAUUGAGAAACUUGAAAGAAACUUCAGAAUCUAUGAUUUCAACAGAUGGGAGAACUCAGGGACCUACUGUAGAAUAUGUAAUUGCAACAAGGAGGACAGGCACAAAAAAACUUGAGGCAUCACUUAUGACUGAUGUGGAAGAAGCUUCAGAAACUGAGAAAGGAAUGACAGCAAAAUACUUGGAGCCAGCAGCAGAAGCUGGAGAAGUGAGGUUGUUGGAAAGGAUGAAAGAAUCUGCAACAGCAGAAGUGGAAGGUUCUGAAACAGUCAGAGGGUCUGAGGUACACAUGGAUGUCCAAGAUCUGGAAACUUCACAAAAAGCUGCAGUGAUUAAUAUCUUAGAGGAUGCUUCAGAAACAUUGACUGUAACAAAACAGCAUUCAGAAGCUAUUCCAGAAUUCGUGCACACUGAAAAGCAGGAACAUCUGCAAGCAGUUUUUGAAGCCAGACCUACUGCAGAAGAGGCUCCAGAAACGUUGAGUGCUACUGAAAUGAAAUCUUCUGAAGCAGUUCCAAUAACCGGGGACGCAAAAGAUCUGGAAACAACGCUGGAAUGUGGAGUGGCUGCAGAAGCACAACGUUCAGAGGUGGGGCAGUGUCAACAAAUGGAGGAUGUGAGAGUUCCUCAUCAGGCUCAGGAAUAUGACAGGCUUGUUGAGAAGAAAGAUGCAGAGCAAAAUCUAGCAUCUGAACCUUUUGUAGCAGUAAGUGGUCAAGAGAUUACUCCAGAAUCUGUGUCAGCUUCAGAAACAGCUUUUAGUUCUUCACAUUCAGCAGGGACUCCCGAAUCCAUGGACACAAGACAGUUGGAAGCAGCUCCGGCUUGUGUAGCAGAAACAAAAGAUUUGCAAGCAACUCCUGUUCCUGAGACUGUUGUAGAGCUGAAAGACGCAGAAGCAGCUCCGAGGUCAGAGGCAGACGCAAAGGAUUUGGAAGCAGCUCCAGUACCUGAGACUGUUCCAGAAGAAGUUCCAGUGCCUGGGGCAGAGGCAGGUCAGUCGGAAGUAAUUCUGCCAGCUGAAACUGACAAAGAAGUGGCAGCAGAAGAGGCAUCGGAAGCGAGAGAUUCAGAAACAUCUGAUGUGCAGCCUGAUGUGGCAGCACGAAUGAGGGAGACCCUGAUGAGGCUUCAGAAAGUUGAGAAAAGCAGCCAUAGAAGCAGUGAAAAAAGUAAACAUGAUGCAAAGAAGCAAAAAAGGAGUCGCUCCAAGUCCCAGUCCAGGUCUAGGAAGCGGAAGAAAAAAUCAAGGUCACGUUCUACUUCCAGGCGUUUGACCUCUAAAAGAGCACGUUCUAGGAGCAGAAACUAUUCAGAUUCCAGAAAAAAGCAUUCCAAAUCUAGAUCCCGGUCUGUGGAGAAGAGAGAGAGAAGAUUGUCUUCCCGGAGGUCCAGGCGCAGACGUUCCAGGUCGUCUGACCGCUACAGGUCUAAGUCCAGGUCCCUGGAAAAGACCCGAAGAUCUGGGCACAGACGUUCCAGGUCAUCUGACAACUACAGGUCUAAAUCCAGAUCCAUGGAAAAGAGAGGGAGCAGAUUGUCUUCCAGAAGAUCCAGACGCAGACGUUCCAGGUCUUCAGACCGCUACAGGUCUAAGUCCAGGUCAGUGGAAAAGAGAGGGAGCAGGCUGUCCUCCCGAAGGUCCAGGCGCAGACGUUCCAGGUCUUCUGACCACUAUAGGUCUAAGUCCAGGUCAGUUGAAAAGACCCGAAGGUCCGGGCGCAGGCGUUCCAGGUCAUCUGACCGCUACAGGUCUAAGUCCAGGUCACUGGAGAAGACCCGAAGGUCUGGCCGCAGACGGUCCAGGUCUUCAGACCGCUACAGGUCUAAGUCCAGGUCGCUGGAAAAGACCCGAAGGUCCGGCCGUAGACGGUCCCGGUCUUCUGACCGCUACAGGUCUAAAUCACCAUCGGUAGAAAAGAGAGGGAGCAGGUUGUCAUCCUGGCGAUCCCGGCGCAGACGUUCCAGGUCCUCAGACCGCUCUAAAUCUAGAUCCAGGUCUUCAGAAAAAAGAGGGGGCAAAGAGUACUCAUGGAGGUUCAGGCAUAGAGGGUCUGGUUCCUCUGAUCGUUCAAAAUCAAGGUCUCGAUCUGUUGAGAAGAGGGGUCGGAAGACGUCUGUAAGAAGAUCUAAACGUCAGCGCUCCAAGUCUUCUGACCGCUACAAGUCUAGAUCCAGGUCAGCAGAAAAAAGAGAUCGAAAGCAGUCGUCACGGAAAUCUAAACGUCAGCGCUCCAAGUCCUCUGACCGUUACAAGUCUAGAUCCAAAUCAGUGGAAAAAAAGAAAGAGUCCUCCCGAAAAUCCAAGCGUCGUCGCUCAAAAUCUUCUGAACGUUACAAGUCUAGGUCUAGGUCUGUAGAAAAAAAGCGCAAAGAAUCUUCAAAGAAAUCCAAACGAAAGCGUUCCAAAUCUUCUGACAGCGUUAAGUCAACAUCCAAAUCUGUAGAAAAAAGAGAGAGUAAGUUAUUGUCAGCAAAGAGCAGUAGCAAGCAUGCAGAGUCUUCUGAACAUCCAGAGUCAAACAUGUGUCUUGACAACGUACAUGGUCCUGAACCUUUCACAAGUGAAGGCAACUCCAAAUCUUCUAAUGGUCCCGUGUCAGCUUUGUCUCUUGAAGGCGUAAAUGGCCCAGAGCUGCCACCAUCGUUAGAAAGUAGAUACUCCAAAACUUCUGAUGAAAAAACAGCAGAUUUGCAGUCUUCUGCGGUGUCUGAACAUGGUAGCUCCAAAGCCCCAGAUGACCAGGAGAUGAGAUCCACAUCUGUUGAGAACACAGAGUCUUCGGAGCUUUCUGUAAGACUUGAAAAUGGAUCAGCCGCACCUUAUGGCUCUGACUUAGGAUCCGUGCUAACUGAAAAAGCAGCAGCUCUGGAAUCUUCAUCACCACCUGAACUUGCUUCCUCAGCAUCCAAAUCAACAUCCUCAUCUGUUGAAAAUACAGAGACAACUUUAACAGAAUUUCAGCUUUCCACGUCCCAUGAAGAUGAGUCAAGAUCUACAUCCCUCAAAGAAAUAGAGGGUCCAGAGCCUCUUCCGACACUUGGAAGUGGAUGCUCUUUACCUUCUGAUGAUUGCGAGUCCUCUGAAAAAAUCGAGGUUCAGGGGUCAUCUGUGAUGUCUGGAAGUGUUCUUUCUGACGUGCCUGGCGAUCAUGAAUUGAGACACAUCCCUGCUGAAAAAGCAGAGCUUCAGAAGUUUUUGCAAGUACCUCAAAGUGGAUCUUCCGAGUUGGCUGACAGCACUGAGUCAAGGUCACUGUCUUUUGAAACAGAAGUUCAGAGACCUUUUUUAGCACCUGAAACUGUUCAGUGCUCUGAGUUCCCUGAUGCCCGUGAGUCAACCUCCUUGCCAGUCGCAAAGGACCAGAUGCGGGAGCCUUCUCUGGCUUCUGAUAAUGGGUCUUUGGAGACUCCUCACAGACGUGAAUCAGCAUCCAGCUUUGCUGCACAACCUGAGGAACUUCCAUUGACAUCUGAAGGUGGGUCCUUUGAGGCACCUGAUGGAAGAGUAAAGGCUUCACAUGCUUCCCUGACGUCCGAGUGUGGUCCUGUUGAGAUCACAGCUGACUGCAUUUCAACUUCAUCUUCUGCAAAAAUGCGGGAAGUUGUCUUGACAACUGUAGGACAAAGCUGCCAAUCUUCUGAAGCUUGUGAGUCCAGUUCAUUUGCUGAAAACAUUUUCGAUGGUCCAGCAUCUUCACAAGUACUUGGAGUUGGCUGUUUUGGGUCUUCUGAAGUAAGUGAAUCACAAUACCUGUCUGCUGGAAAAACUGAGGUUACAGAAUCAUUGGUGAUGUCUAAAAGUGAAAUUGCUGUGUGCCAUGAUGGCCAUGAGUCAAAAUACAGUUACUUUGAGAAAACAGAAGGUUCAGAACUAUCAGUGGCUCCUGAACAUGGGUGUUUUAUUUCCCCUGAAGGCUGUGAACUGACAUCCACUGCAGCUGAAAGACUGGAGACGCAGAAGCCUUCUUUUCCACUGGAAAGUGGAUUCGUAAAGUCCACUGAUGCUUUGGGAUCAGUAAGCACACCUACUGAAAAACUGGAGGCCACAGUGCCUUCUCAUACAUCUGAAGGUGGGCUUUUCACAUUGCCCGAUAGUCAUGACUUGAGAGCUGCCCAAACCGAAGAAGCAGAAGCACGGAAGUCAUCUUUGUCCUCUGAAUUGAGGUACAUUGCAUCCUCUGAUGGACACACGUUGAGGUCUGCCUCUGAUAAAGAAACCCAGGUGCAGGAGCCAUCUCUGAUACUGGAAAGUAGAUACUCUGUUUCCUCUGGUGUUCAUGAGUUGACACACACCUCUUUCAAGAAAGCUGAGGUAGAGGAUGCUUCACAGAUACCUGGAAUUGAAUACAGAGUGGGCCUGCAUGGCCCAGAGUUGACAUCAACCCCUACUGAAAAAACAGAGGUGCGGGAACUGUAUCUGGCUAAAGAAAGAUGUUCAGUGUCUGUGGAGAGCCAGGAAUUGCUGUUGCACGCUUCUGAAAAGACUGAAGUGCAAGAGCCUGCUCUGACACGUGAAAAUGAAUGUGCUGUAUCCUGGGACCACCAGGAACUGAGGUCUAGCUCUCCUGAGAAGGUGGAGGUCCAGGAGCCUUCUGCAGUACCUGACAAUCAAUAUGCUUUGUACUCUGAAGAUCAGCAAUUGCAGUCUUCCCUUGCUGAAAAAGCAGUGGUGCAGGAGCAUUCUCUGCUGUCUGAUAAUGAAUAUGCUCUGUCCCCUGAGCGCCAUGAGAUGGCUGCCAGCCCUGCUGAAAAAGAGCUGCAAGAACCUUCUCUGACAUCUGACAGUGAAUAUCCCACGUUCCCUGAAGGCCAGGGGGUACAGUCUACCCUUGCUGAAAAAGCAGUGGUGCAGGAGGCUUCCCUAAUACCAGGUAGUGAAUAUGUUGCAUCCCCCGAAAGGCAGGAGUUGUCAUCUGCUGUUGAAAAAACAGAAAUGCAGGAUUGUUCUGUGCUGUCUGAAAAUGAAUACGACGUAUCUCCUGAAGGCCGUGAUUCAAGAUCCAGCCAUGUUGAAAAAGAAGAAAUGGGGGAACACUCUGAAACAUCUGAAAGUGAAAGUUCGAUGUCCUCUGAUAGCCAGGAGUUGCAAUCUACUGUUGUUGGAAAAACAGAGGUGCAGGAGUUGUCUCUGUCUGAAGGUGAAUGUACCAUGUCUCCUGAAGCUCAGGAACCACAUUCCAGUCCUGAAAAAGCAGAGGAUAGAGAACCUUCUCUGACGUAUGAAAAUGAUCAUGCUCUGUUCCCUGAAAGAUAUGAACAAAAAUUGACUCAGGCUGAGAAAACAGAGGAUAGGGAUUCUUCUUUGACAUCUGAAAAUGACCAUACUUUGUCUUUUGAGAGCCAGGAGGUAAGAUUCACCUCUGUUCAAAAAGAAGAGGUGCAGGACUUUUCUCUAACACCUGAAAGAGAACACGCAGCAUCCCCUGAUGGCCAGAGGCUGAGAUCCCUCACCGCUGAGAAAGCAGACAGACUUGAACCUUCAAUGUUAAAUGACAGAGCUUCCAUGUCCCCAGAUGUUAGUGACUUGAAAUCCGUCCCCGUUGAAAAGAUGGAUGAUGAAAUGCCUAUACUGCCUGAAAGAGGACGCUCCAUGUCCCCUGAUGGCUGCAGUGUGAAAUCUGUGCCUGGUGAAGAAACAGGGGAUCUUGAGCCCUCCUCAACAUCUGAAUGUAGACGUUCCGCAUCUCCAUAUCAUGACAGCCAUGAGCCGAAGUCUCCCAUGGAGGAAGAGGCUCUAGAGUCCUCUUUGACUUUUGAACAUAGGAGAUCUGUGUCCCCCGAGGGCCACGACCAGAAAUCCCUCAUAGAUGAGGAAAUGGAAGAUCGAGAGGCCUCUUUGACACCUGAACGUAGGCGCUCCACAUCCCCUGAUGAGCAUGAGUCAAGGUCUAGCGGUGGUGAAGAAGCGGAGUAUUCGGAACAACCAUUGACAACAGAACGCAGAUCCUCUGUGUCUUCUGAUGAACAUGAGUCAAGGUCUACAGCUGGGGAAGAAGCAGAGGACGUGGAACCCUCCUUGACAGGUGAACGAAGAGACUCCACGUCUUCUGAUGAGCGUGAGUCGAGGUCCACCACAGCUGAAGAAGGAGAAGAUCGGGAGACCUCCUUGACAGCUGAACGUAGAGACUCCGUGUCUUCGGAUGAGCAUGAGUCACGGUCUACUGCUGGUGAAGAAGCAGAGGAUUUGGAGCCCUCUUCGGGAGGUGACCAUAGACGUUCUGUGUCUCCUGAUGGACGUGAGUCAAGAUCAACCACUGGUGAAGAAGCAGAGGACCGUGAGCCCUCCUUGACAGCUGAGCGUAGACACUCCACAUCCUCAGAUGAACAUGAAUCAAGAUCUACCACUGGUGAAGAUGUAGAGGAUGCAGAACCCUCCUUGGCAGCUGAACGAAGAGACUCCACAUCCUCAGAUGAGCAUGAUUCAAGGUCUACCACUGGUGAAGAAGCAGAUGAUGCAGAGCCUUCCUUGACAGCUGAACACAGACGUUCCGCAUCCCCUGAUGGACGUGAAUCAAGGUCUACCACUGCUGAAGAAGCAGAUGAUGCAGAGCCUUCCUUGGCAGCCGAACGAAGAGACUCCACAUCCUCAGAUGACCAGGAGUCUACUGCUGGUGAAGAAGGUGAGGAUAUGGAGUCCUCUUUGGCAGCUGAAGACAAACACCAGGAGUCUAUGCCUCUUGAGAAGUCAGAGGGACAGGACUCCUCCUUCAUGUCUGAAGGCAGGCGUUCUGAGUCUUCUGAACGUGAGAAAUCUAGGUCUGAAUCUGUUGAAAAAAUAUCUGACAAAGAGUCUUCACGAAGAUCUAGGAGCAGGCGCUCUCCUACUCGCCAAAUGAGCCGAUCUGUAUCUGUUGAAAAAGUGGCAGACAAAGAGUCUUCACGGAGGUCUAGACAUAGACGCUCCAGGUCUGCUGCUCGCCAGAAAAGUAGAUCCACUUCUGUUGAAAAAGCAGCAGACAAAGAAUCAUCACGGCGAUCCAGGCGUAGACGCUCCAGGUCCACUGCUCGCCAACUGAGUCGGUCAACAUCUGUUGAAAAACCAGCAGACAAAGAGUCUUCACGAAGAUCUAGGCGUAGACGCUCCAGGUCCACUGGUCGGCAGAGGAGUCUGUCCAAAUCUGUUGAAAAAGCAGCAGACAAAGAGUCCUCACGGAGAUCCAGAAGCAGACGCUCCAGGUCUUCCCAGCGCAGAUCCCAGAGAUACGAUACGGACUCUCGCUCUAGACGGAAUCGCUCCAGGUCUGUAACGCGGCGAAGAACAUCAAGAUCAAAAUCUAACCGUCGCUCUAGAUCUAGCUCGUUGUCACGUUCAAGGCACAGAAGGAGGAGUAGGUCAAGGUCAGCAUCAAGAAGGCGGCGUUCUUUAUCUAGAGACAGACGCAAAAGAUCUCAGAGAAAUAGAUCAAGAUCUGCUGAUAGAAGAAGGAGAAGAUCAGACUCAAGGGAUCGUAGGAUAUCCCUCAGAUUACGGAGCAGGAGUCGAACACCUAUCCGUCAAAGGCGAUCAAGGUCAAGAGGAAGGAGACGGAGUUCCAGUAGGUCACCAAUUCGACUGCGCCGAUCAAGGUCUUCAGGGAGAAGAAGGGGUUACAGCAGAUCACCUGAUCGCCGUAGGUCCAGAUCAUCAGAAAGAUUUUCAAGCAGGUCACCUAAACGUCUUACGGACUUAGACAAGGCCCAGCUACUGGAAAUAGCCAAAGCUAAUGCAGCUGCCAUGUGUGCAAAGUCUGGUGUUCCUUUACCACCAAGCCUGAUGCCUAUGUUAUCUCAAAAGAAGGACGACAAAGCCAGUCAGAAGUCGUCAAGAGAUACACUGAAGGAACUCACUGAGAAAUGCAAGAAGAUUGCUCAAAGCACAGAUGAUGUGAUAGUGAAUAAGCCUCAUGUUUCUGAUGAAGAGGAGGAAGAACGUCCUUUCUAUAAUCACCCAUUUAAGCUCAAUGAACCCAAACCUAUUUUUUUCAAUUUAAGUACUCCCAGCAUAAAACCAGCACCACCACCACAACCAAAAAAUCAGGUCAGCCUGUCGAAGGAAUUUCCUGUUUCAUCUGGGUCUCAGCAUAGGAAAAAAGAAGCAGAUAGUGUCUAUGGAGAAUGGGUUCCAGUUGAAAAAGGCAAAGAAGAUAGCAAGGAUGAUGUUUUCCCCAAACCAUCCAUUGAGGGUGUGGACAUAACUACAGCCAUGAAUGAUCGAGCACUGGCUCAGAAAAGGCUUAAUGAAAACACGUUCGAUUUAGAGGCCAUGUGCAUGCUAAAUCGUGCACAGGAACAGAUUGAUGCCUGGGCUCAAUCAAACUCCAUACCUGGCCAGUUCACGGGAAGUACAGGAGCACAGAUACUGUCUUCGGAUGAGCUAACCAACAGUGGUCCCCAAGCAUGGAUUAGAAAGGAUCAGUUCUUAAGAGCAGCCCCUGUAACUGGAGGAAUGGGAGCUCAACUGAUGAGAAAAAUGGGCUGGAGAGAAGGAGAGGGGCUUGGAAAAAACAAAGAAGGCAGUGUUGAACCUAUUAUGGUUGAUUUUAAGACCGAUCGAAAAGGGCUUGUUGCUGUGGGAGAGAAGGCACAAAAGAGAUCUGGACAUUACAUUGUGAUGAAGGAUCUUUCAGGUAAACAUCCAGUUUCUGCAUUGAUGGAGAUCUGUAACAAAAGAAGAUGGUCACCACCUGAGUUUGUGUUGGUGGAUGAUAGUGGGCCUGAUCAUCGCAAACACUUCAUCUUCAAGGUGAGAGUCAAUGGAAAUGAAUAUAGGCCUACUUUUGCCAGCCUUAAUAAGAAGCAUGCUAAAGCCACAGCAGCAACUGCGGCUCUCCAAGCGAUGGGACUUGUACCAAAGGAAAGCAUGGUUAAUACCACCAUGUUUAGGAGUGCCUCACACCGCUAGAUAUUGUUUUUUAUAUUGACAUUAUUUCAGAUAAUUUUACUCUGCACAAAAAUGGUAUUUGCCCUGUCAUGUUGUAAAUACAUUGGCAAUUCCCACGUUGUAAAAACUUGUACAGACACCUUCAGGUUUUUCUUUUGUACCAUCAAAAUGUAUUUAAAUCAUACUUAGUUUUUGGUAUGUUUAUAUUGUUUACAUUAGUGAUGUAAUUAUUUCUUAAAUGACUAAAUCAGACGACAGACUCUGGAGGCAUCAGUAAUCUAAACCCUUGUUUUAAAACUCAUGCAAUUUCUCUUCAAUAUGGAAUGUUAACACUUUCAUACUGUUUUGUACGAUGCUGCAGUUUUCCCUGGUCUCGGUAAAGCUACUCUUGCACUUUUGCCUACAGCUGGUAAAAGGCCACGCAGCUUACCUUAGUCUAGUCAAGGCUGGCGUGUACUGCUGGACAGAUACUGGGCCAGUACUGUUACCCCUGUGAGAACGCAAGCAGUGGUAGCCCUGUUGUACAGUGUUAAUUAACGCUGCGGCUUCUCUUGGAGUUUUGGUUGGGGGUUCAACUCAGUGGUGCACUGCAACUGGCCAUGCAGCCCAUACUCUACGACACACGUGAUUAGGCAAAAGACUUGCUGAAAAAAGGGAUGGCAGAAAGUCCAGCAAUGGAAACCGAUGAGACUUGGCGAUUUCAAAGCGACUCUCCCUGCAUGUUCUGAGAAGGGAGAUAACGGAGUUGUCUAUUCCAAACAAAAUUAACACACUGCCUGAUGUUGAUUGUAUGGAUUUGUGGUUAAUGUGAAUUUUAAAGUCUAACAAAUCUACAACUGGAUUGGGGGGAGGGAGGGGAUAGAAUGAUGCUUAAAUUGUUGUACCCAACUUGGUCAAUAAAGCAGCACAAGUUCAUAAUCUUAAUCACUGGUCAGUAAACAGUAAUUAAUAUCGAUGCCAAAAGAGCUUUGUGAAGAAACGCACAGUAUAAAAUUGCCCUUUACGAGGAGUAGCGGCAGCUGUUAGGGCUGCGGAAUCUCUUUAGUCAUGUUCAGUUGCUUUAGACUCUUACCAAAUUACGUCCUUGGGCUGACAUUUUCCGUAACGGUACUCUGCCCUCAAGGAGACAACCUGAUCCAGAGUUUUGGCAGUUUGAUAAGGGAAAGGAGGUAGAAGGCUUCUCCUUUUAUUUUUUUUCCCCUCUUAAUUUAAGAAGUAUUAGUUCUUUAGCUAUGUGCACUUUGAAUUGGCAAGGGCAUUGUACACAAUUUGCCAGAUGUGUCUGUGUUACGAGCAGACUGCCAGGACUUCUGUAUGGAUUGUAGUGGUGCAGGUGCUUACUUCCGAAAAGUCUUUGAGGUCUUUGUGUAUUACAUCUACUGACCAGAGCUUCAUCGGGGACAGGAACAAAAUAUAUUUGUACGCAGUAAGACUGUGCUCAGGCCUAAAGUGAAUGAAUGACCUUUGCGAUGGCAGUAGGAUCUUGGAGGUGAAGAAUUACUAGUAGCUCUUCUUCCACAAAGUAAGUUAUUUGUGUGUAUUCUCUCAACUGUUACUGAAUGAGGUCUCUUUCUUUGCCCUAAAUGAACAAGUACCAAUGUCUCCUUUUGCAUACAGCAGAGAAAAGGUACUGGGUUCUCUACCACACACCCAAGAAAUAAAACUCCUUAUUAGUCUAUCAAAGCACUCUAGAAAUGCCUAAGUUUUUUGUGGACGUAGUUGUCUCUAAUUAAAGUUUUUUUCCCUUUGGCUUCUCAC